GGGUGGGUGCUGCUAGUGGUGGGGCAGGGAUAGAUGAUAUUCUUUACAGAGUUUUUUUCCACCCCCCCUUCUUUUUCUACUUCUUCGAUUCUGCUCCCUCCUCCAUUCACCCUCCUCCUCCUCUCUAAACGUGCUUGGGGGGUGGGGUCGUAGUGGUGGGGUCGUAGUGGUGGUGGUGCUAGUUAUUUAUUUAUUAUGUACCCUCCUCGAGGGGCUCUCCCCCCCCACUAUCCUCCCGCCUUUGUUGCCCAUUGUGUGCCCGGUGAGGCGCUUAUAUACCGUGGGGCGUGCGGCAGUCGCGUGCACCACUGCGCGAAGAGAGACGGAAGAGCUGGCGACGCGCGCGACCCUCGCACUCCCAGUCUCGUGCCCCCGGCUUCAUCCCGAGCACGCGCCGCGCACGUGACGCCCUCGACUCACGCGACGCGCACGCCACGAGCCCAGCACGCCGGCCAAGCAGCAGCAAGCAGCAGCAGCAAGCAGAUAUCGGCCCCAGCUUAGCAGCAGCGAGAAUGAUGUCUCCAUUUCCUGGCGACGGACCCACCCAUCCGGAGAGCAGCAGCAGCAGCAGCAGCGGCGGCGGCGGCACCAGCAGCGGCAUCGCCAUUCCAUCGCCGAUGGAAGAAGACACCCCGGCACUGUCUCCUCGCUUUCCUUGCAGCUCCUCCUCCCCAUCAUCAUCAUCGCCGACAUUAUCGUCAUCCGCAUCACCGUCGUCGUCGCCGUCAUCGUCAUCAUCCUGCGAAGAAGAGAAACCUCAGAUGCCCGAGCAGCAGCAGCAGCAGCAGCGACGGCGGAAGGCGAGAUCCCGGGGCUCCGGCCGCACCGGCGGCGGCGGCGGCGGCGAGCCGCUGGUGCGCGUCAAGCAGAACAGGCGGAUGAAAGCGAACGACCGCGAACGCAACCGCAUGCACAACCUCAACGACGCGCUCGACGCUCUGCGCGGGGUGCUGCCCACCCUGCCGGACGACGCUCGGCUCACCAAGAUAGAGACGCUGCGCUUCGCCUACAACUACAUCUGGGUGCUCACCGAGACGCUGCAGAUCGCCGACCAGAGCCUGCUGAGCAGCGCCGGCGUGUGCCGCCCGUCGCAGCAGCAGAUCGUGCGAGCCGCCUGGGCAGCCAGCGGCGGGGACAGCUUGUCUCCCGCAUCCUCGUCCUCCUCGUCGUCGCUGUCAUCCAUCGCUUCCUCGAGCUCCCCCGCGUCGAGACCCUGCAGUUCCCCAGACUCUGACUUCGAGUCGCUGUGCAGUCCGCUGCCGGCGGACGUCAAGUGCGAGAAUCUGCUGCUGAGGUCGUCCUUCCCCAACGGGACGGAGUUUCUGCACAACGCUUCGUUUGUCGACUUCAUCUGACCGCGCGGACUUCUUGCGUCGCAUCGUUUAGUUUCAAAAUUCGUUUUUGCCGUUGUUGUUUGGUAAAGGUGAUCCCCCGAGUGGUAGGUGAGCAUCCAUAAUAGAGGGGUUUUUUUUGUUGGGUUAGAUCGCGUAAAUGUAUAAAUGUGUCGUUAAACCCACCACCACCCGACACAGCCAACUAGUAAGGGUUGUCACGUAAACAG